CAAAAUUUCCAAACACUCAAACAACAUCUGUAAUCUGUCUUGUUUAGUUUCGGAAAUCUCUUUUCGAUGAGACUCUUCACCGACGGACAAAUGGUUGAGUUCCACGAAACCUUUUGCCUCUUCGAUAGGGAUGGAGAUGGUUGCAUUUCGUUGGGUGAACUCUCGACUAUAAUCAACUCGCUAGGAUUGAGACCGACCAAGGAUGAGUUGCAAGAAAUGAUAAGUGAAGUCGACGCGGACGGUAGCGGAGCAAUUGAAUUCGAGGAGUUCUUGAACUUAAUGGUUAGAAAAAUGAAGGAAUCCGAUUCCGAAGAGGAACUAAAGGAGGCAUUUAAAGUCUUUGACAAAGACCAAAAUGGCUUCAUCUCCAAGAAUGAGCUGAAGAAUGUGAUGAUGAGCUUGGGCGAGAAAUUAACUGAUGAGGAGGUGGAUCAGAUGAUCAAGGAGGCAGAUUUAGAUGGAGAUGGGCAAGUAAACUAUGAGGAAUUUGUCAAGAUGAUGAAGUCUUUUUAAAGAGAAUAGGGAUAAUAUUUUCAGAGUUGUUGUAUAGUUUUAUUAUAAAUUUUUGGAAGGGCACUACCUUUUUUUUUCUGUAUUUCAAGACACUGAAAAUACAGAAUACAAUCAUUUUUCAUAAUGAAUCAAAA